AUGGUUUUCACUUCUCCAGAAUGGGUCCCUAAACUCCCAAUAGACCCUCCCGACUCCAUCCCUAUAGCCGAAUUCAUGAAGAACGAGAAAUAUGGUCGUUGUCCUAUCGCAAAAAGUAGACAUCCCUUUACCUGCGGCAUCACCAAGCGUUCGUACUCUGCGCCUCAGGUCUUUGAGCGGUCUGAAUUUGUAGCCAGAGCGUUGGCCAAACGAUUGCAAUGGCAGCCAAAUGAGGGGACGCCUUGGGAUAAAGUCCUCGCCGUCUUCUCUCUCAAUACGAUUGAUUACAUCACCCCGAUUUACGGUGUCCAUCGCCUUUCAGGCAUCGUUACUCCCGCUAAUGCUGCCUACUCUGUCGACGAGCUGACGCAUCAGCUCAAGGCAUCAGGUGCGAAAGCUCUGUUUACCUGUACACCACUGCUUGAAACAGCGCUCGAAGCAUCAAGAAACGUUGGAAUACCAGAAGAAAACAUAUUUCUCUUUGAAAUUCCUCGCGCCGAACCCGUCUCCAAGUUUACACAUGCCUCUAUUGAGGACUUGGUCAGAGAGGGUUCUGAACUUGAUCGACUCGACGAACUGCAAUGGGUUCAAGGCCAGGGUGCUCGCCAGACGGCCUUUUUGUGCUUUUCCAGCGGAACAUCGGGUUUGCCGAAAGCGGUCAUGAUAUCCCAUUACAAUGUUAUCUCGAAUGUUUUGCAACAUGCCACAUACGACUCCGUUGCCCGAGCAAAGCGCGGCGUUACGACUCAAGCUGUGACAGGAUAUCUGCCACUAUCUCACAUAUACGGCCUAGUGAUCGCCGCUCACACAAGCCCUUGGCGAGGUGACCAAGUUAUAAUUCUCCCUCGGUUUGAACUCAAGGAUUUUCUCCAGUCUGUUCAAGACUUUAAGAUCCGACAGUUGUUGGUGGUACCUCCUAUUAUUAUCCAAAUUCUUCGUUUCAAGGAUAUCUGCGCCAAAUAUGAUCUGAGUAGUGUCAAGUUUGUCUACUGCGGAGCUGCCCCAUUGGGUGAGGAGACUAUUCGAGAUAUGAAUAUUUUGUACCCAGAUUGGACCAUUGCUCAGGCUUAUGGCAUGACCGAAACUGCGACAGUUGCCACGUCGUCAAGUGAAGAUGAUGUCUUCACGAGAGGCUCUGGAUGCCUUUUGCCUAGUGCAAAAGCCAAAAUAAUCGAUACAGAGGGCAGGGAGAUAACCGAACGCGACCAACCUGGAGAGCUACUGCUUCAAGCACCAUCGAUUGUGUUGGGCUACUUGAAUAAUGAGAAAGCAACAUCCGAGACCUUUGUGUAUCACGACGAUGGCAGAUGGAUUCGAACAGGAGACGAGGCCAUAUUUACCCUGGCCCCUUCUGGCAACGAGCAUGUUGUCAUUGUCGACAGGAUCAAAGAGCUUAUCAAGGUCAAGGGUCACCAGGUCGCACCAGCCGAGCUCGAGGCUCACAUCCUGGCACAUCCUCACGUCUUUGACUGCGCUGUCAUUCAAGUCCCCGAUGAGCGUGCCGGAGAAGUCCCGAAAGCAUUUGUCGUAAAGAGUUCGUCCGCCGAGUCUUUGCCGGAUGAAGAAGUGGCACGUGAUAUUGAAAAGCAUGUUGCGGAUCACAAAGCAGCGUACAAGCAACUCAAAGGAGGUGUAGAGUUUCUGGAUGUCAUACCCAAAAGCCCUAGUGGCAAGAUCCUUCGUCGACUCCUGAGGGAUAAGGAGAGAGAAAAGAGGAGGGGGCAAGGGGCAAAGCUGUAA